AUGGGAGAGGAAGACACACAAGCAGCCUUAGUCCAAACUGUCGCCCCAGUCCAAAUAGCUGCGCAGCAAACAAUAGUCCAAGACGAAUUGGUCAAUUCAAUUGGAGAGGUCUUCACCGAUUUUUUAGUUCACUUCACAACUCACAAUUACCUUGAAGAAAUCCGUCGUGUUGUUGUCAAUGACCAAAAGACAACACUGUACAUUGACUUCGAACACAUCCAGAGCUUCCACGAGAUAUUGUCACAAGCGAUCCAAACGCGCUUUUCACGAUUUGAACCGGAGUUGGUGCGUGUCGCCACGACAUUCGGCAAUCAGUAUUUCACACAAGUCAAUAAUCGACUACCGCUUGCUAACACAAUUACUUCGAUUGGCUUUUUCAAUUUACCAACCAAAUGCACAGUACGUCAGGUUCGAAGUGAAAUGGUUGGGCACUUGGUGUCGUUCUAUGGUACUGUCACACGAUCAUCUGAAGUCCGCCCCGAGUUGUUGAUUGGUGUGUUCAAGUGUUUGGACUGUGGGUUAGAGAGUGAGCCAAUUCCACAGCAGUUUAAAUACACGCAGCCAUUGAGAUGUACUAACAACGGCUGCAACAACACCACACGAUUUCAGUUAGUGAUGGAUAAGUCAGUCUUCACCGACUGGCAGAAAAUCAAAGUGCAGGAGUGCUCAAACGAAAUUCCAAGCGGGUGUCUUCCCCGUUCUCUCGACGUCAUUUUACGAGGAGACUUGGUCGAAUUUGUCAGACCGGGGCAGACGUGCACGUUCAUUGGGAUGCCCAUCGCCGCACCAGACACAACCCGACUUGCUGUCGGACGGAAUGUGACUGCUGUCCAAGAAAAAGUGAAGCCCAAGCCUGGUGAGUUAGAGCAUGGUGUCAAAGGUUUAAAAGACUUAGGUGUCCGUGAAUUGGUAUAUAAGCCCGCUUUCAUCUGUGGUUGUAUUCAACAAGAAGAUAGUAAAAAUCGCAACGAAAAUCGAGAGAAGCCGUUAACGGCCAAAGAGAUGGAGAUCGUCACUGCCAUCAAUCAACGCCCCGACGUGUUCCAACUGUUCAUCGAGUCUUUUGCGCCAAACAUCUUUGGUCAUGAGAACAUUAAAAAGGGGAUUUUGCUUCUUCUGUUUGGUGGGGUCCACAAGACGACAAAAGAGGGAAUCACACUUCGAGGAGAUAUUAACAUUUGUGUGAUUGGCGAUCCCUCCACGGCGAAGAGUCAGUUUUUAAAGUGCGUCUCUACCAUUCACCCGCGAUGUGUGUAUACCUCCGGGAAGGCUAGUUCCGCUGCGGGAUUAACUGCAGCAGUAUUAAAAGACCCUGAAACGGGUGAUUUUAAUAUAGAAGCCGGUGCGAUGAUGCUUGCUGAUAAUGGAGUGUGUUGCAUUGAUGAAUUUGACAAAAUGGACUACUUCAAUCAAGUCGCACUGCAUGAGGCUAUGGAACAACAGACGAUUUCAAUUGCAAAGGGCGGUCUUCACGCAACACUGAACGCAAGAGCCGCGGUAUUGGCUGCUGCGAAUCCGAUCAAGGGGAGGUACGAUCGAAAUAAGUCGGUCAAACAGAAUUUGAACAUUGGGGAUGCCUUAAUGUCGCGGUUUGAUCUCUUUUUUGUAGUUCUAGAUGAGCCUGAUGAGAGCUCAGAUCGGAAGAUUGCAAAUCAUAUUGUCAAUGUCCAUCGGUGUUUAAAUGCGGCAAUGAAAAGACCAAUCUCAUCAGAGGCUUUGAAGCUAUAUAUAAAAUACGCCAAAACGAUUAAUCCAAAAAUGACAAAAGACGCAAUGAAUGAGUUGAGUAGAACAUUCGCAGAUUUGAGAAGUAAAGAUAUCGACGGAAAAAACGCAAAUCCAUACAGAAUGACAGUGAGACAACUUGAGUCGAUGAUCAGAUUGAGUGAGGCAUUGGCGAGAUUGUAUCUUGAUAAACUUGUCAGAAUAGAAUACGUCAAAGAGGCAACCAAUCUCAUAAAACAGUCGAUUGUGUUUGUUGAAAGUAAAGAUACUCAACAGGCACAAACCCAAACAGGGAUGGACGAAGAUGUGAUUGAAAAUGUACUCGAAUGGAAGUGA